AUGAUUGCAAUAAAUUGCCGGGCGCUGCGCGUGUGGCAGGGGCCGGCGCGGGCGGCGGGCUGGGCGCGGCGGCGCUGUGGCCGCGGAGGCCCUGCCCGCCGCCGCUGCUGUGGGCGCUGGGCGGGCGCGGGGUGCGCGCUGGCGCUGGCAGGGGCGCGGGCGGGGGCGCGGCGGCGCUGGCGUGCGCGGGGCGUGGCCGUGCCGUGCGCCGCGUGUGCGUGCGCCUGCUGCGCCGCCGACUACGACGACGAGGACGCGCGCUCGGGGACGCGGGUCGUCGCCCCGCAGCGAACGGCUGCGCUCAAGGAGGCUGCGCUGGCGGCCAAGGCGCUGGCGCUGGCCAAGGUUGGGCGAUGCGCCGGGCGGGGCGGCCGGCGGGGCCGCGGGCGGGGGCGCGGCGCGGGCGUGGCGGUGGCGGCGCGCGCCGAGGGGCCGCCUGGCCGGCAGCACAGUGGCUCCGCGCAUGCGCACACAACCCGCUGCUGCAGCUGCACGACGACGCAGUGGACAACCCUGACGUCGUGCCGCACGCCAACGAGUGACUACGAGAAUCCAAUGUACAAGGCGUUAGAGGCGUGCACAAUUGGCAGCAGCACGAGAACGCACAGCGUAGAUUCAUCACUGCAAGCGCCACUGUACGUCAGUCUCCACAACUACUCGCGGGUGCCGACAACGGAGAGCCUUCUGAGCUACGAGCCGCUGGCGCCGGUGGCGGCGGUGCGGUGGCAGCCGUCGCCCUCGCUGCGCGACAUGGCGACGCAGGCGCAGCCGCCCCCGCCCGCGGCCGCCCCCGCCCCCGCACCUGCGUCCGCCCCCGCGCCCGCGCCCCCCGGCGCGGCCAGCGCCGCCCCGCGGCAGAACGCGGAGACGCAGACGCCGCUGCCCAUGCGCCACAAGGAGAGCGCCAUUCAGAUUUCUAGGCAUGGGUCUGGUCACGUCAUCGUGCACCUAACGUCAAAUCCUAGUUAUUUCUGAUUACCGCCGUGAAAUGCCAAUGGACUCAAGAUGUGAUAAUGUUGUUUGCUUCGCUAGUCAAAUAUAAUUUUAAUUAAUAUAUUUACCCUAAACCAAAGAAAAGUAACAUAUUUAUAUAUUUCUAUAUAUUUUCAUAAUGUUUUAGAAAAUAAAAAAUUGUAAUAUUUUC